UCCUCAUUUCACUAUCAAGUAGAACUAGCUAAUCAUUUGCAACUCUUGGUCUCUUGCAAUUCAUUUGGUCGAGAGAUUUGCAAUUCUUUGGUUAACAAAAACAGAAAAGAGAUAUGGCUGGUAUUUGUGGUCACUGGGCUUUUGCUUUUGGUGUCCUAGGUAACAUCGUCUCGUUCAUUGUAUUCCUUUCUCCACUGCCCACGUUUUAUAGGAUUUACAAGAAGAAAUCAACAGAAGGAUAUCAGUCAAUUCCAUACGUGGUUGCUCUCUUUAGUUCCGUGCUUUGGAUUUACUAUGCAUUUCUCAAAACCAACACCACCCUUCUCAUCACUAUUAACUCAUUUGGCUGCUUCAUUGAAACUAUUUACGUUGGUUUCUACAUUUUCUACGCACCAAAGAAAGCCAGGGUUCAAACUAUAAAGAUGCUCUUGUUAUCAGUGGUGGGUGGAUUUGGUGCAAUUAUCCUCGUUACUCAAUUUCUAUUCAAAGGGGCAGUUCGUGGACAAGUAGUUGGAUGGAUUUGUCUUAUAUUUUCCCUGUGUGUGUUUGUAGCACCCUUAGGCAUUGUGAGACAAGUAAUCAAAACAAAGAGUGUGGAAUACAUGCCACUUCUCCUAUCAGUUUUUCUCACAUUAAGUGCUGUCAUGUGGUUCUUCUAUGGUCUUCUACUAAAAGACGUUAACAUUGCUGCUCCAAACGUCUUGGGAUUCAUCUUUGGUAUUCUCCAAAUGGUGCUCUAUGCAAUAUACAGCAAAAAAGAGAAGGCUAUCAUAAAGGAGCAGAAACUUCCAGAGAUACAAAAGCCUGCCAUCAUUGUGCUGGAUGAGAACAUGAAUACUAGUAAUAAGAAGCUUCCAGAACUCACACAAGAACAGAUUAUUGACAUUGUAAAGCUUGGUUUACUGGUUUGCUCAGACAAAGUAAACGUAGCAUCAUGCCCGAAUGAUAAUAAUACAUGUGCAGCUAAAGUUGACAACAUGCCCAAGCUGCAAACUGUGGAAGCCUAAGACAUGAGCAGAACUUCGCGCGAGUUUGGAAACCAUAAUGACCUGAACUGUAAUUUGUUUGUCAUAACGUAAUCAUAGUGUAAUUUUCAGUAUCAUGUUUGGUUGUAUAAGUGUAACUAUAUAAUUUAAUCUUUUUUAGUUUAUAUAAAAGCUAAUUGUAAAUAAAAAAAAAAAAAACUUUUUUCAAAAUGAAUGUGUACAUUAAAUUUAAUGUGUGACAA